GGUGGUCGUGAUGGUGGGCGAAACUCCAACCUCGAGAUAGCUUCACGAUACCUCGCGCGUUUAGUUGGCGCGCGGCACCCCGAAGAUUGGGACGGCGGAUAGAGACACUCCGUGCAAGUAAAAAGAGAGUAGGGUACGAGAAACAAGAAGCGAGAUAGCGACGAGCGACCACACGACGAGUGACGACGACGACGCAAGACGAAGACGAAGACGAUCGAAUCUGAAAAUAAGAAAAAAAGAGUUCCUCUUAAUUUUCUCCGUUUUGUUCUCUGCGCGAGCUUGUAAAAUUUUCGAGCCGAGUCUCCCAAGCCGAGUGUGUGCGUCUCAUUGUCUGCCUCGGGUUGGAGUGAUCCAGGAAUAAGCGACUGUUCGCCGUCGUCAGGUGUCCGAAGAAACGCUCGGCCAGGUGCUGGGACUCGCACCUUUAGAAGAAAAAGCGCUCAGCCUCUUCUGAAGACACUUCAAUAUUCUCAAAAGUUUGUGAAAAGCGAGUAAAGGUGAACGUCGAGCUCAGAAGAAAUCCGCGACAGAAACAGGUUGGAUGGUGCCGCAGGUAGGCGUCAUUUAAACCGACGAGCUGGGCGAAGGAGCUGUUUCCUUCCUUAAGUCGCGGGUGUGAACAAGCAAACGGGAUCUUCCAGAUCUCAUUGUAAAGACAGGUGCGAAGGCGUGCCUCCACGAUGGGGGUCGCCGACGACUUCGCGCCCAGCUUUACGCAAAAGCCGCAACUGCGGCAGGAAGACGACGGCAACCGGCUGAUAUUCGAAUGUCAGCUAGUGAGUUCACCUAAACCCGACAUUUCCUGGUUCCGCGGCGAGACCGAACUUAGCGAAGAUGACAGGACCAACUUCAAAGUGCAGAGUGUCGGGACCAAUAAGUUCCUGGUGGUGCUCGAGCUCGACGACGUCAUCGAGACCGACGCAGGCCUUUACAAGGUCAAGGCGAAGAACAAGAUGGGCGAGGUCGCUGCCUCUAUCAACCUCAACUUUAGUCCAAUGGAUGAGCCUAGAGAGAAACAAAUUGACGGCAUCGCGCCGACUUUCGCGAAGAAACCCGCGAUUAGACAGGAGGACGACGGUAAACGGCUGUUGUUCGAGUGUCGUAUCACAGCCGAUCCCACACCGAAAAUCACAUGGUUUCAUACCGGGAAUAUGGUGAAAGAUUCGCCGAGGCACAAGUUGACUGUCGAUAAAGAUGGCCACUCGUACUUCGCCACUCUAGAAAUAAAAAACGUGACCGUCGAGGAUGCUGGCAAAUAUAAGGUCACGGCGAAGAACGAGCUCGGCGAGUCUAACGCUACGAUUUCCCUGAAUUUUGACAGCGACGAGGCACCCGUACCGGAUGACGGUAUUAAACCUACCUUCACCGAACGACCGGUGAUUAGACAAUCCGACGACGGUAACACCAUCACCUUCGAAUGCCGACUUGUCGGUGAUCCGAAACCAAGUGUCAAGUGGUAUCACGGUACCGAGGAAGUGAAAGACGGCGGGCGAUUCACCACAUCACUGGAACUUGAUCAGAAGCUGUACCAUCUCGCAAGGCUGAGGAUCGACAAUGUGGCAAAGGGGGAUGCGGGCGAAUACAGGGCCGUGGCAAAGAAUAAGCAUGGCCAGGGGGUAGCGACUAUUAAUUUGAACUUCGAAGGUGGCGACAGGCUCAAAAUACCGGACGGUAAGCCGCCGCGUUUUCCGAAGAAGCCAACGAUCCGUCAGGAGGGCGAUUUACUCAUCAUGGAGUGCAUUCUGGAGGCACAUCCGGUGCCGGACAUAACAUGGUACCAAGGUCAGAAAACGAUUACCGACAGUAAUCGCGUGAAGAUGUCACGCAAAGCAACCGGCAAGGACACAUAUCUGCUGACCCUCGAGAUCUCAAAUCCGACCAAGGCUGACGGUGGGAAUUACCGUUGCAACGCCUUUAACAACUUCGGCGAGAGUAAUGCCAACAUCUCCCUCAACUUCCAAGAGGAGGGAGCGGGUUGCGCUCCGUCCUUUAUUGAGAAACCUCGCAUCAUCCCGAACGAGACCGGUACGCUUAUUACCAUGAAGUGUAAAUGCAAAGCGAAUCCCAAGCCGGAGGUCACGUGGUUCCGUGGUACCAACGUGGUCAAAGAAUCAUCGAAGAUCUCGAUCAAGUCCAAAACGAUUGAGGAAGAUGUAUAUGAACUUAUCAUGGAAAUAAAGGAUCCAUCGGCACCGGACGGUGGCACUUAUAGGUGUCACGUGAAGAACGAGUACGGCGAAAGCAACGCUAAUCUGAAUUUGAAUAUCGAGGCGGAACCAGAACCAGAGGGAGACGGACCGACGUUUGUAGAGAAGCCGCGGAUACAGUCGCAAAACAAAGGCAAGCUCGUCAUCAUGGAUUGCAAAGUGAAGGCGAAGCCGAAGCCACAGAUCGUGUGGACUCAUGCAGGCAAAGUGGUAAAGGAGUCCUCGAAAAUUUCCAUUAGCAUUGUUUCAGAGAAAGAGGACAUUUAUUAUAUCAAACUAACUCUGAACGAUCCUGGACCGGAUGAUUCCGGACUCUAUAAGUGUAACAUUAAGAAUGAUCUUGGUGAACUCAAUGCCAAUCUUACACUAAAUGUUGAGAUUAUACCCGUAAUUAAGGAAAAGCCGAAGGUGGUAAAGAUCGUUAAAAAGAAAACAGUCGUAAUUGAAUGUCACGUUCUUUCUCAAUUCGCGCCUGAUUGCACAUGGUUCAAGGAAAGUCAAGCCGUUAAAGAGGAUAAUAGACAUAAAUUGCACGUCGAGCAAGUUAAAGAAGGUGAAUUCACUAUAAAACUUGAAAUUGAACAAAUGUCGACGACAGAUAAAGGCACGUAUAAAUUAGUGGCACGCAAUGAUAAAGGCGAAGCCACAUCACAAGUAGUAGAAGUGACGGAAAUUCCAGACCAAGGAGAAAAACCCAAAAUUGUUACCGGCCUCAAAUCAAUUACUGUCGAGGAAGGUAAAACGGUCGAGCUCGUCGCAAUUCUCGCAACACAAGAUCGAAAAGUCACUGUCACGUGGUAUAAAAAUUCUACAGUCAUCAAAGCGUCAAAAGAUAUCAUGAUUUCCUUUAACGGCCUGGAUAUGAAAUUGACUAUCACCUCGGCAUCGACAGAAUUCUCAGGAACGUAUAAAGUCACCGUGAGCAAUGAAUACGGUCAAGAUGAGUCGUCAGCUCGUCUCGUCGUCAACAAGAAAGAGGAAAAGAAAAAAGACGAGGAGGAGGAAGAGAAGAAGAAGAAGAAAGUUGAAAAGAAAGAGGAGAAAAAAGUGGAAGAAAAGAAAGAAGAAAAGAAGAAAAUGGAGAUCUUACAGAAGGACGAAGAAAUUGUGAAUAAUGUUGAAGAAAGGAAAUCUAUUAAGAAGAAAGCCGCCGAGAAAAUUGAAGACAAAAAGGAAGAAGAAAAGGUGAGCACAAUUAUUCUUAUACAUUUAAUUUAUAUUAUUAUAAAAAAGAAAGAACCCGGAUCCAAAGAGAUAUCUCGAGAAACUACGCCUAAACCUGAGAAAACGGUGACUCGCAAGGAAUCAAUCAAGGUGGAAGAACUUAAGACAGAGAGUCGUCGUAGUUCGAUCAUCAAGACUGAUGAGAAGAUAAUGGAUGAUGGCACUGCGACACCACGACGUCUUUCUAUACAGAAGACCGAAGAAGAAGUCAAGAUAGAAAGCAGACGAUCUUCUAUUAUAGAAAAGAAGAAAACGACUGAAAAGAAAGAGGAACCGACUACAAAACCAAAAACUCCCGGAAAACUAGAAACCCCGAAGGCGGAAGUCAAGCCUAAACCGGGAGAGGCGAAGAUGGAACCAAAAGCCAAACCUAAAGCAGAGGAAGUAAAGGAAGCCAAGUUCAAAUCAGACGAACCAAAGGAGGAAGCGAAAGCUAAACCUAAACUAGAGGAAGUAAAGGUUGAAGAAAAGCCUAAAGCUAAACCAGGGGAAGUCAAGAAAGAGGAACCUGCAACGAAACUUACAUCUAAACCAGUAGAACCGAAGAAAGAAGAAGAGAUCACUAAGAAAGGUCUGAAGUCCGUCAAACAACUCGAGGAGGAGAAGAAAAUUCAAGAAAAAGUCGAGCUUAAGCCGAAGAAUAUCAUCGAGACCAAACCGAAAUCCCGUUUACCACCAAAACAGGAAGUAAAAACCGAAAGCUUUCAGGGGAUUCAGCUUAAACCAGUUACGAAGGAUCCGAAACAGCCUCAACAGGCUGAAAAUGGCAGGGAUCUCAAGAAAACUGAAAAGAUGGAAAAGGUCGAUGCAAAGAAGGUAAAGGCAACGAAGGCAGCGAAGGACGCAAGUUACGAGCUCCCGGAGAUUCCGGAUUAUGAAAGGGCUGUCCUGGAGAAACCUGAAGAAUUUGAUUUUGGCGACUUUGUUCCUCGCGAUAAAACGAAACUCGAAAGACCGGUCACACAGAAAUUCGAUUCUAAGCCGAAGUUACCGGAAAUUAAAGCGCCCGAAACACCCAAGAUUGAAGUUAUCAAAGACGUGACACCGGUCGGCAGCAGAAAGGGCUCUUUAGCACCCGGAAGCGGUGCUGGCAGUCGACGUGGUUCGCUCAUACCGCCCGAGGAAUUAGGUCGUAGGCCCAGCUUGAUCAUUAGUGACGAGGAGCAUAGGAAGCUUCGUCCCGGCGAGGUGCUGGACGAGCGAAAGUUGGGAAAGUUACGGCCCGGUGAGGUUUUCGAAACAAAGCGUCGUCGUCCGAGUACAGCGGACAUCAGAAGACCCAGCGUGGCGGACCUCGAGAAUAGGAUCAAUUUACCUAGUACACCUUUGCGAGAUGUUGGACCAGCUGGACCACCCCAGAUCGUCGAUGUUCAGGAAUCGUACUCUGCCGUCGAAGAUUCGACGGCGUAUCUUACCGUCGCGGUGGAAGGCACGCCCGCGCCAACUUUCAAAUUCUACAAGGGUAUUACCGAGAUCAUCGAGGGUGGCCGCUUCAAGUUCCUCACUGAUUCGGAGACCAACACGAUCACCCUCUGCAUGAGGAAGACGAAACCCAACGACGAGGGCACUUACAAGAUCGUCGUGAGCAACAUCCAUGGCGAAGAUUCCGCCGAGAUGCAGCUCUACGUUUCCGACGCCAGUGGCAUGGACUUCCGUGCUAUGUUGAAGAAGAGGAAAUAUCAAAAAUGGGCGCGAGAAGAAGCUGAGCAAGAAAAAGUAGAUUUGAAGGAAGUCGAGAAGCCCAUGCCGGCAUUGAAGAAAGUAGAAAAGAAACAAGAAAGUUUCCUGAAACCACUGGUAGAUCAGUAUGCCAAGGAAGGCAAAGAUAAGAAGGUUGUCUUCGAAGCGAACUUUUCGAAACCGAACUGCAAGCCGAAAUGGUUCUUCCGAAAAGACGAAUUAUUCCCAUCGGCGAAAUACAAAUUUAAAAACGAGGAGGAUUGCUAUCAGCUCGUUAUUUCUGGGCCCAAAGUCGAAGACACUGGAAAAUAUACGAUCGAAAUUGCUGGCGUAUCCAGCACAGCUUUUCUCAAUGUAGAUGAACCUGAUCCAACGUAUACCUUCCUAAAGCCGUUAUCGAAAAAGACUAGCGGCUUUACAAAGCACGAAGCUUACAUGGAAUGUACAGUUAGUUCUAAUAUGGCGCAAAUUUCCUGGUACAAAGGCAAAACGAAACUCGAGGAUGGAGAUCAGUAUAGUAUUUCCAAAGAUAUGUCUGGCGUGUGCCGGCUGGCGAUCAGGAGCGCAACUCUCGAAGAUAGUGGUGAAUACACUUGCAAGAUAAACAAGCAGACGGACAAGACCGAAACCAUACUCACUAUAGUCGAAUAUCCUUACAAGUUCGUCAAAGUACUGAAACACCAGCAGUUGAUAGAAAAGGAAACCUUGACAUUACUUUGCGAACUGGAUGAUGCCGCAGGUGAAGUCCAAUGGUUCAAGGGUGACCAAGCAAUUACGCCUGACAAAAGAAUACAAAUUAAGGAAGAAGGCAGGAAACGAAAGCUCACUAUUAAAGAUUGUAAAGUCACCGAUGCCGGACUUUACUCUUGCGUGAGUAAUGCAGACAAGACCGAAGCUGAAAUUGUGAUAAACUAUGCCAAUCGCUUCAACAAGAAGUUGAAGGAUACUGUCGCGGUAGAAAGAGAGAAGUUGGUGCUAGACGUCGAACUUCAAGAUCAGACCGCGCCAGCAGUAUUCUAUUUUAACGGCGAGAAGAUCGAACCUAAUGAGAGAGUGGAGAUCAAGAAUUUGGGCGGCGGUAAACACCAGUUGAUCUUCAAUAAGUUGGAAAUGACAGACGAUGGCGAGAUCAUGUGCGAGAGUGGUCAGCUAACUAGCAGCUGUAAACUCACUGUGAGGAACGGCGAAAGCAAACCGAUCGUUGACUUCCCCGACAAAGUCGAAGGACCCUGCAGCGCUCCAUUGGUCUUUGUCGUGCCUUUCAAAAUUGAUGGCACCAAGCAGAGUCAAGUGGAAGCGAAACUGAUGAAAGACGGCAAACCUCUACCUCUCAAGGACGUUGAAAUUGUCGUUGGUGAGGAUAAAAUCACAUAUAAAAUCAAGAAACCUCAACGCGAAGCGUCUGGUAUCUACCAGAUUAAAAUUGGCAAUAACCAAGGUGAAGAAGUAAAGGAUGUCAAUAUUGUUAUGCAAGACGUUCCAUCUGCACCGUACGACGUUGAAGUUAAUGAGAUUUUCCAAAAUUCCUGCGUCGUGUCCUUCAAACCGUCGAAGGAUGAUGGCGGUGCACCCAUCAUGAAAUAUGUUAUUGAACGUCUCGAUCUUAGCUUAAAGUCUCAAUGGGAUAGCGUGGGUGAAGUCAUGUCGGGCGAAAAAUGUGUCUACAAAGUCGAAGAUCUAAUUGCGAAGAGGGAAUACAAGUUCCGCAUACGAGCAGUGAAUAAACUCGGUUCCAGCGAACCGGCAAUGUUCGGCAAACCAGUCUUAGCCAAGGAUCCAUGGGAUGAACCAGGCAAACCCACAAAUGUCGACGUAACUGAUUGGGACAAGGAUCACGCUGAUCUGACAUGGACAAAGCCCGAAAAUGAUGGCGGUGCUCCGAUUACUGGCUAUAUAAUCGAGUACAAGGAGAAGUUUGGCAAAGAAUGGGUAACGGGCAAGGAGAUUGAAGGUGACGUAACUCAGGCGACUAUUGACGGUCUCAAAGAAGGCACGCAGUAUGAAUUUAGGAUACGAGCAGUAAACAAGGCAGGUCCUGGUGAACCGUCUGAUGCCACUAAACCAAUUAUCGCCAAGUGCCGAUUUGUUAAGCCAUACAUUGUCGGCGAUGGUCUUACAAACUUAGUCGUCAAAAAAGGCCAAGUCAUUAAGUACGAUAUCAAGUACGCUGGUGAGCCAGAACCAGAAGUGCACUGGUUCCUGGGCCAGAAGGAGAUAAUCCAGGAUACGGCCGAAAGAGUCACGAUCGACAAAUACGAGAGAAAUACCGUAUUGACAGUUAGGAAGACCACCAGACCUGAUUCCGGAAAAUAUAAAUUGGUAUUGACGAACAGUUCUGGCACCUGCGAAAGCAUUGCCGACGUUGUUGUUCUUGACAAGCCGUCAAUUCCGCAAGGACCUCUCAAAGUGGAGGAAGUCCGCUCCGAUCAUGUUAAAGUUAAGUGGGAUACGCCGGAGGAUAAUGGCGGUACCGAUAUCACAGGCUAUGUAUUGGAAAAGAUGGAUCUGGAUACUGGACGAUGGAUUCCUGCAGGAGAAACUGGCCCCAAUGAGAAGGUUUUCACGUUCUCUGGUCUAACGCCCAAGAAGAAAUAUAAGUUCCGUGUCAAAGCGGUCAAUAAGGAAGGCGAAUCCGAACCUUUGGAGGUCGAAGAAGCCAUUGUCGCGAAAAAUCCUUACGAUGAGCCCGGCAAACCUGGCAAGCCGCAAAUCUUUGAUUAUGAUAACGUCAGUGUAUCUUUGAAAUGGGAGAAACCGCAGAACGACGGUGGCAGACCAAUCACUCAUUAUACUGUCGAGAUAAAGGACAAAUUCGCUGUCGACUGGGUUGAGGUAAUGAAGACUACCGACUCAACACCUGAGGCUAAAGUCGAAGGCCUUAAAGAAAAGAUGGUGUAUCAAUUUCGCGUUCGCGCUCACAAUAAGGCCGGUUCUAGCGAACCAAGCGAACCUACAGACAAUCAUCUGUGCAAACACCGAAAUUUGAGACCGAGAAUCGACCGAACCAAUUUCAAAUCUAUCAUCAUCAAAGCUGGUCGCACCCAUAAAUGGUCUGUGGAUGUAUCUGGUGAACCUCCACCGGAGACCAGAUGGAUAUGGAGAGAUAACAUCCCAUUAACUACCACUGAGCGCAUUAAGAUCGAGAAUGUCGAUUAUCACACGGACUUUACGAUCGUAAAUGCAAUGCGUAAAGAUACCGGAAAGUACACGCUUAUUGCUGAGAAUGCUAAUGGCAAAGACGAAGAAACUGUCGAACUUACCGUACUCGGAAAACCGGAUGCUCCUAAAGGACCUCUAGAAGUCAGUGAUGUCACUAAUACCUCGGCGAAGGUGAAAUGGGAGAAACCAGAGGAUGAUGGUGGUGUGCCAAUCAAAGAGUACGAAAUCGAGAAGAUGGACACAAAAACUGGUAAAUGGGUCAGAGUCGGCAAAGUGCCCGGAAAUUCGCCGAAUACUGAAUUUGAAGUUACUGGGUUGAAUCCUGGAAGCGAAUACAAGUUCCGCGUAACAGCUGUCAAUGACGAGGGUGAUUCGGAGCCUCUAGAGAGUGAACGUGGUGUUAUUGCCAAGAAUCCUUACGAUGAACCUUUGAAGCCUGGAACGCCCGAAAUCACCGAUUACGAUAAUGAAUCUGUAAGUUUAAAAUGGGCUCCACCAGAAUUCGAUGGAGGAGCGCCUAUCGAAAAAUAUAUUAUCGAGAAAAAAGAUCGGUACAAGCCUGAUUGGGAAAAGGCUAUCGAAGUACCUGGAAAUCAACUUGAGGGCAAAGUACCAGAUUUAAAGGAAAGAGGCGAGUAUCAGUUCCGAGUUAUCGCCGUAAACAAAGCUGGACCCUCGCCUCCGUCCGACGCGUCAAAGAUGCAGAUCUGCAAACACAAAGCUCUGAAGCCGAGAAUCGACAGAACGAACUUGAAACCGAUCGUCGUACGAGCCGGUAAAACUGUUAAGUACGACAUAGAUGUACGUGGCGAACCACCGCCGGAAAUCAAAUGGUAUCACGUCGGCAAUGAAGUAAAAUCCGGUGAGAACAUUGAAAUCAUCAAUGUUGAUUACAACACGAAGCUUACUAUUACCGACAGCUUGCGCAAAAAUACUGGCGUAUGGAAGAUCAAGGCUAUCAAUCCUCAUGGUGAAGAUGAAGCGGAAGUUGAAGUAACGAUAUUAUCGGCUCCCGGAAAGCCAAAAGGACCGCUCAAAGUGGCGGAUGUCACGAAGAACAGUUGCAAACUCAAAUGGGGCAAACCGGAAGACGAUGGUGGCAAACCGGUAAGUGGAUACCAAGUGGAGAAAUUGGAUAAAUCGACAGGCAGAUGGAUACCAGUUGGUCGUACCGCGGAUACCGAGAUGGACGUAAAAGGUCUUCAGGAAGGACAUGAGUAUGAGUUUAGAGUAAAAGCUCUAAAUGAAGAAGGAGAGUCGGAGCCACUUGUGUCAGAUGGCUCUACACUUGCAAAGAACCCUUAUGAUGUUACAAGUAAGCCUGGAACACCGGAACUCGAAGAUUGGGACGUCGAUCGCGUUGAUCUCAAAUGGGAACCUCCAAAAGAUACUGGCGGUGCGCCAAUCACCGGUUACAUUAUUGAAAAGAAGGAGAAACCUUCUUCGCAAUGGGAGGAAGCUCUUGUCACCGAUUCGCCACAACCAAAAGGUCGUGUUACCGGCUUGAAAAAAGGUUCCACUUAUCAGUUCCGUGUUCGAGCUGUUAACAAGGCUGGACCAUCGGAGCCUAGCGACCCGACUAAGCCGCACGUUGCAAAAGCAAGAUUCUUGAAACCGCACAUCAACCGUGAUAAGUUGCAGACUAUCAAAGUAAGAGCAGGUCAACUAGUGAAGUUGGAAGUUGAUAUCGAAGGUGAACCUCCUCCAACAGUUACAUGGAGUUUUGCUGGUGCACCACUUCAAACUGGAGCCAAUGUUAAAAUUGAUAACGAAGAUUACCUCACUAAGAUUCAGUUAACAAAUACCAGUCGAAAGUUAACUGGAAAAUAUACUAUCAAGGCUGUGAACGAUUCCGGACAAGAUGAGGCUGAUGUAGAAAUUAAUAUUCUUGAUAAGCCUGGAAAGCCGGAAGGACCAUUGGAAGUGAGCGACGUGCACAAGGAGGGCUGCAAAUUGAAGUGGAGCAAGCCGAAAGACGAUGGUGGACUUCCCCUGUCCAGUUACAUAGUAGAAAAGAUGGAUGUGACGACAGGUCGUUGGGUACCAGCCGGUAUCGUGGACCCUAAUAAAACUGAACACGCAGUUACCGGUUUGGAACCUGGCCAUAAGUACGAAUUCCGUGUGAAGGCUGUGAACGAAGAGGGAGAAUCAGAACCUCUGCAAACCGACGUUGGCAUCGUAGCUAAGAAUCCAUACGAUGCCCCAGCGGCGCCUGGACUUCCAGAGAUUGUCGAUUGGUCGGAGAAUAUGGUAAAGCUUAAGUGGGAACCACCAAUAAGAGACGGCGGUGCACCAAUUACUGGAUAUAUCAUUGAAAUGAAGGAUAAAUUCGGUACUAAUUUCGUCAAGGCUGCUGAAGUGCAUGGGCCCGUAUGUACUGGCACAGUUCCACGUUUAGAAGAAGGCAAUCAGUAUCAAUUCAGAGUACGCGCCAUUAAUAAAGCUGGACCUGGUGAACCUAGCGAGGCUACCAAUCCGCACACCGCUAAAGCUCGUUGGCUGAAACCGUAUAUUGAUCGCACGAAUCUGCAACCCAUAACGGUAAAAGUUGGCCUUACUGUAAGUUUGGAUGUAAACAUAAUUGGCGAGCCGCCGCCAAAAGUUACUUGGACCUUCAAAGAUAAGGAACUCGUAUCGGAUGACACGAUACGAAUCGACAAUGUUGAUUACAAUACGAAAUUCUUUAUACUAAAAACUAAACGCGCACAUACUGGCAAAUACGUGAUCAACGCGAAGAACGAAGUCGGCGAGGAUACUGCUGAAGUAGAAAUCACUGUUCUUGGCAAGCCCAGCAAGCCAAAAGGACCUUUGGAAGUGAGCGAUGUUAACAAGCAUGGCUGCAAACUCAAAUGGGACAAACCCGAAGAUGAUGGUGGUUCACCGGUCGAAUACUAUGAGAUCGAGAAGCUGGAUCCUCUUACAGGACAAUGGGUACCUUGUGGUCGUAGUACCGAACCUGAAGCAACCAUUACAGGAUUGCAGGAAGGUAAACCAUAUAAAUUCCGCGUGAAAGCUGUCAAUAGAGAAGGAGAAUCCGAUGAUUUGGAAGCUGACAAGUCCAUCAUAGCCAAAAAUCCAUUCGAUGAACCGGGUAAACCUGGUCGACCAGAACUCAAGAACUGGGACAAGGACUUCGUCGAUCUCGAAUGGACUCCUCCUAAGGAUGACGGUGGUGCGCCAAUCGAGAAGUAUAUUGUGCAGAUGCGAGAUAAAGAAGGCAGACAAUGGGUGGAUGUUGCUAAGGUUCCGGGAGACCGAACGGCCGCUAAAGUGACUGACGGUAUCCAGGAGGGUCAUGAAUACGAGUUUAGGAUCGUGGCGGUCAAUAAAGCUGGACCUGGCGAGCCUAGUGAUACUUCAAAAAGCGUCGUGGCUAAACCUCGAUUCUUGGCACCGCAUAUUGAUCGUAAAAAUCUCCACAAGAAAGUCAUGCGAAUUGGCCAGAUGCUGCGACUUGAGGCUGACAUCAAGGGUGAGCCGCCACCAGUUGUUACGUGGAAACUUAAGGAUAAAGUGCUAAAGAGCAUGGACCGACUCAAGAUUGAGAACGAGGAUUAUCAUACUAUGUUCAUCCUCAAUAAGCUUCAGCGUUCGGAUACCGGCACGUACACUGUUAUUGCCAAGAAUGAUAGUGGCACUGAUCAGGUCGACGUCGAGCUUCAGGUUCUAAGUAAGCCUGGCAAACCGAAAGGACCACUUGAAGUGUCCAAUGUGACGGCCGAGGGUUGUAAGCUGAAAUGGGAUAAACCCGAUGAUGACGGUGGCGAACCGGUUGAUCAUUAUGUUAUCGAAAGAAUGGAUGUGGACACUGGACGUUGGGUACCAUGCGGUACCAGCAAAACUCCAGAAGCAGACGUGUCCGGAUUAAACGAGGGCAAGGAUUAUCAAUUCCGUGUCAAAGCUGUUAACUCCGAGGGCGAAUCCGAACCUUUAGAAACGUCCAUACCGACAACCGCCAAAAAUCCUUAUUCUGAACCCGAUGCGCCCGGCAAACCUGAAUUGAAGGACUGGUCGAAGAAUCAUGUUGACUUGAAAUGGAAAGCCCCGAAGAAGGAUGGCGGUGCACCAAUUGAAAAAUAUAUCAUUGAAAAGAAAGAUCAGUAUGGCAAAUGGCAGAAAGCUGCAGAAGUUCCGGGUAACAAAACCGAAGCCAAAGUACCAGAUCUUGUGGAGGGUCAAAAAUAUCAAUUUCGAAUUAAGGCCGUGAACAAAGGUGGCCAGAGCAAGCCCAGCGAGCCCAGCGAAACUUUGAUUGCCAAGGAUCGCUACGCCGCACCUAAGAUCGAUCGCACAAACCUGAAGGAUAUCACAAUCAAGGCCGGUAAUGUCAUUCGGCUAGACGUUAAAGUUACGGGUGAACCACCGCCAAGCAAGACCUGGUUCCUGAACAAGGCUAAGCAGGAAUCUGGCAACGUCUUGACUAUCGAAACGGAGGAUUACAAGACCAAGUUCGUGGUCUCAUCGGCGACCAGGGCGCAUUGUGGCACGUUGACUUUGAAGGCGGAGAAUAGUUCCGGCAAAGAUGAGGCAUCCAUCGAGAUUCUAGUACUGGACAAACCUAGCAAACCUGAAGGACCGCUCAAGGUUUCCGACGUACAUAAGGAGGGCUGUACUCUCAAAUGGAAUCCACCAGCGGAUGAUGGUGGUGCACCUUUGGAUCACUAUGUGGUCGAAAAGAUGGAUACAGAAACCGGUAGAUGGAUACCUGUCGCACGCACUAAGGAACCCACAAUGGAGGUAGAGAAUUUGGUGCCCGGACAAGAAUACAAGUUCCGAGUUGCGGCUGUAAACGCGGAAGGCGAAUCCGAACCAUUGGAGACCGAGCAUGGAAUCGUUGCCAAGAAUCCAUUUGAUGAACCUGGUGCACCAGGACGUCCGGAGGCGACCGAUUGGGACAAGGAUCACGUGGAUCUGCGAUGGACUCCACCGUUAAAAGACGGCGGAUCUCCAAUCACCGGAUACGUGAUCGAGAAGCGGGAGAAGGGCGCACCCAAGUGGAUCAAGGCGUGCGAGACUGGACCGGAUUGUAAGGGCCGCGUCGACAAUCUCGACGAGGGUACCGAAUAUGAAUUCAGGGUCAAGGCCAUUAAUGCUGCCGGUCUUGGUGAACCGUCCGACGCUAGCAAACCGAUUAUCGCCAAGAGUCGAAGACUCGCGCCGAAGAUUGACAGACGCAAUUUGCGCGAUAUAACCGUGCGCGAGAAUGAAGCGUUCCACUUUGACGUCAAAAUUAUCGGAGAACCACCGCCAGACGUCACGUGGGUAAUCAACAAUAAGAGCAUCCAGCAAACUACACAUCGCAGAAUACAGAAUGUGCCUUAUAAUAGUAAAUUCUUCAAUGACAAGCCCGAACGUAAGGAUAGUGGCACUUAUAAGAUCACAGCAGUCAAUCAGCAUGGAUCCGAUACCGCCGAAGUCGAAGUCACCGUUGUCUCCAAGCCUGGCAAACCAGAAGGACCAUUGGAGGUAUCCGACGUACAUAAAGAAGGAUGUACGCUUAAAUGGAAGAAACCUAAGGAUGACGGUGGUGAACCAAUUGAGGGCUAUCUCGUGGAGAAGUUCGAUCCAGAGACCGGUGUUUGGUUACCAGUUGGUAAAACUACUGGGCCCGAGAUGAAGGUCGAAGGGCUUACACCGGGACAUGAGUACAAGUUCCGAGUCAAAGCACUUAAUAAAGAAGGAGAGUCUGAACCAUUGGAAACCUUUAGCUCUAUUGUAGCGAAAGAUCCGUUCACUGUACCAACUGCACCUGGAGCACCGGAACCGGUCGAUUGGACAGCUAAUCAGGUUGAACUUGCCUGGAAAGAACCUGUCAGCGACGGUGGAUCACCUAUCACGGGCUACAUCAUUGAGAAAAAAGAUAAAUACAGCACUAUGUGGGAGAAGGCUUUGGAGACCGCGACACCGGUCACCAAAGCUUUGGUACAUGGUCUAAUAGAAGGCAAUGAUUAUCAAUUCCGCGUGAUUGCCGUAAACAAGGCUGGUCAGUCGGAACCCGGUGAAGCAAGCAAGACGUUUACUGCUAAGCCGCGUUUCUUGGCCCCGAAGAUUGACAGGCGCAAUUUGAGGGACGUUACCCUGUCCGCUGGCUCGAUGCUGAAAUUUGAUGCCAACGUAAUCGGCGAGCCACCGCCACAUAUCGAGUGGCGUUAUGGCGCAAUACCGCUUCAUUCCGAUCGCAAGGUGCAGAUCGACAACACCGAUUACAAUACCAAGUUUAGCAUACGUCCGGUAUCGCGGGACGACAGUGGUGAUUACACUGUCACCGCCAGCAAUUCAUCGGGCAAAGACUCGGUGACGGUGCAGGUGACGGUGACGGACAAGCCGACGCCGCCUGAGGGACCGCUUCAGGUGUCGGAUGUACACAAGGAAGGAUGCAAGUUGAAGUGGAAGAGACCUAAAGACGACGGUGGCACGCCCAUCGAGUACUAUCAAGUGGAUAAAAUGGACCCGGAGACCGGAUGUUGGGUACCCUGCGGACGUUCUACUGAACCGACUCUCGAGGUGACAGGUUUAACACCUGGCAAGGAGUAUCUUUUCCGGGUGGCCGCUGUCAAUGCCGAGGGCGAAUCGAAACCUUUGGAAGCGGAACAGACGAUAGUAGCCAAAAAUCCAUUUGACGAACCAGGCAAACCGGGUGAUCUCCGAGCAACUGACUGGGAUAAGGAUCACGUCGACUUGAAAUGGACUCCGCCGGAGAAUGAUGGCGGUUCACCAAUCACUGGUUACGUAAUUGAAAAGAAAGACAAGUAUGGUGAAUGGGAGAAGGCACUGGAGGUGCCUGUAGAUGAAACAUCCGCUACAGUACCGGAUCUUAUCGAAGGUCAACCAUACGAGUUUCGCGUGCGUGCCGUGAAUAAAGCUGGACCUGGUGAACCGUCGGAUGCCACGCCGACUAUCAUAGCCAAACCACGCAAUCUAGCGCCCAGGAUUGAUCGUACCAACCUGAUUGAAGUAAAGAUCAAGGCCGGCCAAAACUUUAACUUCGAUUGUAAAGUAACGGGCGAGCCACCACCAACUACCAAAUGGAUGCUGAACGGUAAGGAGGUCCGACCGACUGAGCGGGUUAAAGUCAAGCACGUGGAUUACAACACUAGUUUGAACGUGCGGAUGGCUACGCGUGCGGAAUCCGGCAAAUACACUGUCAUUGCUGAGAAUAUUAACGGCCGAGAUGAGGCGUUCGUCAAAGUAACUGUGCUGGAUAAACCAAGUCCACCUCAAGGUCCACUCCGUGCAUCUGAUGUGCACGCCGAGGGCUGCAAACUCACGUGGAAACCGCCUGAGGAUGACGGUGGGCAGCCAGUUGAGAAAUAUGUCGUGGAAAAAAUGGACGAGGCCACAGGUCGUUGGGUGCCGGCCGGAGAGACUGAUGGACCGGAAACGAGCUUGCAAGUGGAAGGCCUGACGCCAGGGCAUAAAUACAAGUUCAGGGUACGAGCAGUUAACAAGCAGGGUAAAUCUGAACCUCUUACCGCCAUGCAGGGCAUCGAGGCGAAGAAUCCCUUCGAUGAACCAGGAAAACCAGGUACGCCCGAAAUAAUUGAUUAUGAUAGGGAUUUCGUUGAGCUUCAAUGGAGUCGCCCUGAGGAAGAUGGUGGAUCACCAAUCACCGGUUACAUCAUAGAGAAACGCGACAAAUAUAGUCCGACAUGGGAGAAAUGCGCAGAAAUUGAUGGCGACACGAAUCGUGGAAGAGUCGACGACCUGGUCGAGGGAACUCCGUACGAAUUCCGCGUAAGAGCCGUCAACAAGGCUGGUCCUGGCGAAGCUUCAGAGGCGUCCAAGUCCCAUAUAGCGCGACCGAAAAAUCUCCCACCGAAGAUUGACAGGAAGUACAUGCUAGACGUGAAAGUGCGCGCUGGCAGUUUCUUCGACUUCGAUGUGCCGGUAACUGGCGAACCACCACCAAGCAAGGAGUGGUCGCUAAAGGAUAACGUAGUGAUGGCAAGUGAUCGUAUCAAGAUCACCAAUGAAGAUUACAAUACUAAAGUGCGCGUGAUGGAGGCGAAACGUUCCGAUUCCGGCGUUUAUACGCUUGUGGCCAAGAAUGUGAACGGCAAGGAUUCUGCUACUUUAACGGUGAACGUGCUGGAUGUACCGUUGCCACCAGAAGGUCCAUUGAAGAUCGACAACGUCACUAAAAACGGCUGCACUCUGAAGUGGCGGCCGCCCAAGGAUGACGGCGGUUCUGAGAUCCAAUACUAUCAAGUUGAGAAAAUGGAUAUGGAAAACAUGCGCUGGGUGCCUGUGGCUGAAGCUAACACCACUUCAGCGCAGGUAGGCCAUCUGAUUGAGGGACACGACUAUCAGUUCCGUGUUCGAGCGGUCAAUAAGCAAGGCGAAUCUCAGCCAUUGACGGGAAUGGACACUAUCACUGCCAAGGAUCCGUUUGCCAAGCCAGACAAACCUGGUACGCCGGUCGCCACUGACUGGGAUAAAGAUCAUGUAGAUCUGGAAUGGACACCACCCAAGAAAGACGGCGGAUCGCCCAUAACUAGCUACAUUAUCGAAAAACGACCUCGUUUCGGACAAUGGGAAAAGGCCGCUGAGAUACCCGGAAAUCAGACUAGCGGCAGAGUACCUGAUCUGACCGAGGGUCAAGAAUACGAGUUCAGAGUCAUCGCUGUGAACAAGGGCGGACCUGGUGAACCGUCCGAAGCAUCGGCGCCAAUUGUUGCUAAACCUCGUUUCAUUGCUCCUUCGUUCGACACACAUUUGCUGCACGAUUUGGUGGUUCGCGCCGGUCAGAAGAUCAGUUACAAUAUUCCUAUUGUGGCAUCACCUAAACCGAAGGCAACGUGGAAUCGCGAUAGUGUACAGAUUGUGGCCGAUGCUCGUCAUGAGAUGUAUACUACUAACACUGAAACUUCCUUCGAGAUUCCAUUCUCUGUCCGUGGUGAUACUGGACGUUACACUCUAACUUUGGAGAAUGAACAUGGUAGUUUCAGUGCUAGCGCGAGAGUCACUGUCCUCGACAGACCGGCACCGCCAGAGAAACCUUUGGAUGUCAGCAAUGUCACCAAAGAGGGUUGCCACUUAACAUGGGGACAUCCUCUUGACGAUGGCGGAAGCCCCAUUUUGCACUAUGUUAUUGAGAAGAUGGACUUGUCUCGUGGAACUUGGUCUGACGCUGGUAUGAGCAUGGUGUUGAGCCACGAGGUCAACCGUCUGAUUCAUCGCAAAGAAUAUCUAUUCCGUGUUAAAGCUGUUAAUAAUAUCGGAGAAUCCGAUCCGCUCGAGACCACGAAAAGCAUCAUCGCGAAGAACGAAUUUGAUGAACCGGACGCGCCUGGCAAACCGCAAAUCAUGGACUGGGACAAAGACCAUGUAGAUUUACAAUGGCCGGUGCCAAAGAAUGACGGUGGAUCACCGAUCACAGGCUAUAUUGUUCAGAAGAAGGAGAAAGGCAGCCCUUACUGGGUGAAUGCAGUACACGUGCCGGCUGGUCAAAACAGCACGACUGUUCCGGAUCUGACAGAAGGUCAGGAUUAUGAAUUCCGUGUGAUCGCUGUCAAUGCCGCCGGUCAAUCUGAACCAUCGGAACCUAGUGAUCUCGUCACUGCCAAACCUCGUUUUCUGGCUCCGAAAAUCAAGACGCCCUUGCAGGACGUUCGUAUCAAGGCUGGACUUAUUUUUCACGUGGAUAUCGACUUCAUUGGCGAACCGACGCCGGAGGCAACUUGGAGUGUAGGAAGCAAUGAAUUGACUUCCAAUGACAGAACGACGAUCACAUCGAUUGGCUAUCAUACAAUUGUGCAUAUCGUUAACGCUAAAAGGUCUGACUCGGGAUUAUAUCAUUUGUUGCUAAAGAAUAGCAGCGGCAUAGAUGAAGGCAGCUUCCAAGUGACCGUCUUGGAUAAACCUGGACCGCCGGAAGGUCCUUUGCAAUAUGAGGAAAUCACCAAUCAAUCCGUCACGCUCUCGUGGAAGCCACCCAAGGAUAAUGGAGGCAGCGAACUUACUGGAUACGUCAUUGAAAAGCGCGAUCUCACACAUGGUGGUGGUUGGGUACCUGCAGUUACACAUGUCAAUCCCAAGUAUAAUCAUGCCACUGUGCCAAGGUUGCUGGAAGGAACCACCUACGAAUUUCGCGUGUCUGCAGAAAAUCUUCAGGGUCGUUCUGAACCAUUGACCACCGAUCGAUCUGUUGUUGCCAAAAAUCAAUUCGUUGUUCCUGGACAACCCGGCAAGCCAGAAUGCGUGGACGCUGAUAAAGAUCAUAUCAAGAUCAAAUGGACUCCGCCUAUUAGCAACGGCGGAUCCAAGAUCUCUGUCAGAUAUCCUGAAUAUUACGAUGAUCAUGUGACUGAGGGUCAUCAAUAUGAAUAUCGCGUGUCGGCUAUAAAUGCCGCAGGCGCCGGAAAACCAAGUGAGACUUCAUCCGUGUUCACGGCUAAACCUAUGAAGGAGAAACCGAAACUUCAUCUGGAUGCUCUAAUCGGACGUAAGAUCAAGGUCCGCGCUGGAGAACCAAUCAAUGUCAAUAUACCGUUGUCCGGCGCGCCCACACCAAAGAUCGCAUGGACCAAGGAUGGAAGAUCGCUCAUGGAAACUCUUCGCCUAUCUACUGAGACCAAGAGCGAUCGAACACAACUUCUGAUCGAAAAAUCCGUGCGAGAUGACGGUGGCAUGUAUACCGUGACGGCGACGAAUGAGCAUGGAAAAGAUUCGGCUGACAUCGAAGUGAUAGUCGUGGAUAAACCUGGACCACCUCAGGGUCCUUUGCAAUACACUGGCACGACGCAGGAAUCCGUCGGCCUAUCCUGGAAUCCACCGGUGGACAAUGGCGGAUCUGAUAUCACGAACUACAUUGUCGAAGUUUCUGAUUAUGAUUCUGACAAUUGGCGACAAGUGCCGGGAUACGUUCCCAGGACGAACUUCACGGCGAAGGGCUUGACUGAAGGCAAAAAGUAUGUCUUUAGAGUCCGUGCCGAGAAUAUGUACGGUGUGUCAGAGCCCUUGGAGGGCAAACCCGUGAUCGCCAAGAGUCCGUAUGAUCCACCGGAUGCACCAAAUCAACCUGAAAUUCUUGGUUACACUCCUAAUAGCUGCAGUCUCGCAUGGAACCCACCUAUCAAUACCGGAGGAAAACCUAUAACUGGUUAUUACGUGGAAAAGCGUGAGCGCGGCGGCGAAUGGUUGAAGGUCAACAAUUACCCGACACCGAAUACGACAUUUACCGUGCAAGAUCUUCACGAAGGUUCGCGAUAUGAGUUUAGAGUGAGUGCUGUUAAUGAGGCUGGACCUGGAAAACCCAGCAAACCCACUGAACCAAUCAUAGCCGGACAUCAACGCUUACGUCCUGAUGCACCUGAGCCGCCCAAGGCAGACAGGAUCACCAAGGAUUCAGUAACCCUAAGUUGGCGAUCACCGCGAAGCGAUGGUGGUUCAAAGAUUCGAGGAUACAUCAUCCAAAAGAAAGCUAAAGGUGAUGACGAUUGGUCAGAUGUAAAUGGUGCGCCCAUACCGAGCAACGUAUAUACUGUGCCAAAUUUGAAAGAGGGCGAGGAGUAUCUCUUCAGAGUGUUUGCAGUGAACGAUGUCGGCAGCAGCGACCCGAGCCGACCCAGUAAUCCAAUUGUCAUCGAAGAACAACCUAACAAACCGGUUAUGGAUCUUGGUGGAGUCCGUGACAUUACUGUUCGUGCCGGCGAGGACUUUUCUAUUCACGUGCCUUACAUUGGCUUCCCUAAACCGACCGCCACGUGGUUUGCCAAUGACGUCGUUAAGGAUGAAACUGAUCCACGUGUGCAUCAACAACUGGCUGAUGAUUUCGCAAGUCUGGUAGUGAAGAAUGCAAAACGUUCAGAUGGAGGGCAGUAUAGACUCCAGUUACGCAAUUCAUCUGGAUUUGAUACAGCAACCGUUAAUGUCAAGGUCCUCGAUCGUCCUAGUCCACCCGAAAAUCUUCGCGCGGAUGAAUUCGGUGGCGAUGCUCUUACUCUCUUCUGGAAUCCACCCAAGGACAAUGGUGGUGCUGAUGUCACUAAUUACGUGAUCGAAAAGAAGGAAGCGAAGGCCGCCACAUGGUCUAAGGUAAGCAGCUAUGUUACGACACCGUUUGUGCGAGUCAGAAAUUUGACGGUCGGUCAAGUCUAUGAGUUCCGAGUGAUGGCGGAGAAUCAGUAUGGUACGUCAGAUCCAGCAACGACAAUCGAUCCCAUUAAGGCGCGACAUCCGUUCGAUCCUCCGGGUGCACCUGGCACACCGCGUGGUGUGGAGACCACCGAGGAUAGCAUCACCAUUACCUGGACCAAACCUCGUCACGACGGUGGUUCGCCGAUCCUUGGAUACGUCAUCGAGAAGCGUCUUCUGAACGAAGAUAAGUGGGUCAAGGCCACACCGGCUCUGGUACAUGACACCACUUACAAGGUUACUGGAUUGAUUGAGAAUCAUGAUUACGAGUUUCGGGUAGCUGCGGAAAAUGCCGCCGGUCGCGGACCAUGGAGUUCCAACUCCGAUGUUAUUCGCGCCAGCGCUGCACCAUUCCCACCAAAGAUCACGAGCGACCUCAGCAUCCGCGAUAUGACUGUGAUUGCUGGAGAACCAUUCACCAUUACGGUGCCGUAUACGGCAAAUCCUAAACCAAGACCGAAUUGGUCUAUCAAUGGCGAAGAAGUUCUCACUGGCGAGAGGAUCAAGUUCGAGACAACCGACGUAGCCUCACAGUUUAUUAACAAAAAGGCAAAGAGAUCGGAUACCGGCACGUACACGAUAUAUCUCACAAACACUGUCGGCACGGAUUCCGCCUCAUGCAAGGUCCUAGUUGUUGACAAACCAUCGCCACCUUUGGCGCCUUUGGAUAUCUCCGAUAUCACUCCGGAAACCUGUACGUUGACAUGGAAACCGCCCUUCGAUGAUGGUGGUUCGCCAAUCACGAAUUACAUAGUCGAGAAACUGGAUCCGGCUGGUUUCUGGGUGAAGCUUAGCAGCUUUGUGAGAAGCACGCAUUACGAUGUGAUCGGUCUGGAGCCAAAUCGCACGUACAACUUCCGCGUAAGAGCAGAGAAUCAAUAUGGCAUAUCUGAUCCGUUGCAAGCUGAUGAACCGAUAACAGCUAAAUUCCCAUUCACGGUGCCAGAUCCACCUGGACAGCCACGAAUCAUCGACUGGGAUACCUCGAAUGCCACAGUGGUCUGGACAAGACCAUUAUCCGACGGUGGUUCUCGUAUUCAGGGCUAUAAGAUCGAAUUCCGCGACCCCGCUGAGGAUGUGCAAUGGCGCGUGGCAAACGAUUACCUUUUCAAGGAUACCACAUACGUGUGCUAUGGUCUAAUGAGCGGUCAUGAGUACGAAUUUAGAAUUCGCGCGAAGAACGCAGCCGGUUUCAGUAAGCCAAGUCCACCGUCCGCGCCGUUUAAACUCAAGAGCAAGUUCAAUGUACCAUCACCACCUGGUACGCCACAAGUCACCAAGGUCGGCAAGAAUUACGUUGAUUUGCGAUGGGAACCGCCCGUGUCUGACGGCGGUAGCAGGAUCACUGGUUACGUGAUCGAGAAGCGCGAGGUGGGCAGUGCAAUGUGGUCCAAGUGUAACGAGUAUAAUGUCAUCGAUACCGAGUACACGGUCAUGCACUUAAUUGAGCGGGGUGACUACGAGUUCAGGAUCUUUGCGGUGAACGCAGCUGGCAGAUCCGAGCCAAGCUCAUGCACUACCCCAGUAAAAAUCUGUGAGGUCGAAGGUGGCGAGAAACCGGAGUUUAUCAGAAACUUGCCAAUCAGUCAGAUUAUACCACUUGGCAAGACUCUUGUUCUCGAAUGCGAGGCUACGGGUAAACCAUUGCCAACUGCCAGGUGGCUGAAGAACGGUCGUGAGAUCACUUUAGGAGGUCGCUUCCGCGCCGAAGCAAUAAAUGGCAUUUAUAGAUUGGUGAUAUCCGAAGUAUGGGACGCAGACGACGGUGAUUAUAGCUGCCAGAUUUCGAAUCCGCUUGGCAUCGCCGUGACCACGUGCAGGCUAAAGAUCGGCACGCCGCCACGCAUCGAACGCAUGCCGAACGAUCUCUAUCUACCGGAAGGCGAUAACACGAAGAUUAAGAUUUACUACAGUGGCGAUCAACCGAUGGAAGUGACUCUGAAGAAAGAUGGUCGCCAAAUCGUGGAGACAACACACAUCAAAUACACUGUGUUCGACGAGUACCUUAUUAUCUUCAUCAAAGAUAUCCAAAAGGACGAUGCAGGCAUUUACGAUUUGUCCAUCUCGAACGACAGUGGCAGCGUCAGCGCGUCCUUUAACGUAUAUAUUACUGGAUUGCCCGGACCGCCAACUGGACCGCUUGAUGUUUCUGAUAUCGAUAAGCAUACAUGCACCUUGUCUUGGCAUCCACCCAAAUAUGAUGGUGGUCUUCGAGUCACCCACUACGUGGUGGAGCGUCGCGAUGUCAGCCACACGCAUUGGAUCAUCGUGUCAUCCUUCUGUAAAGACUGUACUUUCGUCGUGCAGGGACUUACCGAGGGUCAGGAGUAUCUUUUCCGAGUGAUGGCUGCCAACGACAAUGGCAUGGGCCCGCCAUUAGAGGGCACUAACCCGAUUAAGGCCAAGGCACCGUUUGAUCCACCGGGACCACCUGGUACGCCUAAAGUCAUUGAAGUGGGUGGAGACUUUGUCAAUCUUUCAUGGGAGAAACCAGAAACGGACGGUGGUGCCAAAAUCCAGGGUUACUGGAUCGAUAAGAGAGAAGUUGGCAGUCAGGCAUGGCAGCGUGUAAACGUCAGUAUCUGCCUGCCAACGCAGAUCAAUAUCAGCAAUUUGAUCGAAGGAAGGCAAUACGAGUUCCGGGUAUUUGCUCAAAAUAUUGCAGGACUUAGUCCUGAAUCGAAAGCUUCGACCUCUGUAAAGAUUGUUGAUCCACAAGCGGCGAAGCCUCCGGAAAUCAUUCAACCUCUUCAGAAGGUGAAUUGCGUCCAGAAUCACAAUGCCCACUUCCAAUGCAAGAUUAUCGGCACACCGAAGCCAAACAUCACUUGGUUCAAGGGCGCCCGCGAGAUUGUGAGUGGUAGUCGCUACAACACCUAUUCCGAGGACGAUACCCAUAAUCUUAUCAUCCACGACGUGUUCGGCGAGGACGCCGAUGAGUAUUUCUGCCGUGCAGCAAAUAAAUGCGGCGUGAAAUCCACCAAGGGUGAACUUUUCAUCAAGACACCGCCGAAGCUAAAUGUGCCGCCACGUUUCCGUGACACUGCCUUCUUCGACAAAGGUGUGAAUGUCGUCAUCAAGAUUCCUUUUACCGGUUAUCCGAAACCAAAGAUUACGUGGGUACGCGAAGGCGAGGUGAUCGAGUCUGGUGGACAUUACGCUGUCGAGGUGAAAGAGCGGCACGCUGUUUUGACGAUACGUGAUGGCAGUCGUAUGGACUCCGGUCCAUAUCGCAUCUCCGCUGAGAAUGAUCUCGGCCAGGAUACAGCCAUCAUCAAGAUUCAGAUCAGCGAUCGUCCAGAUCCGCCUAGAUUCCCGCAAGUGGAUAAUGUCGGUCAUGACUCGCUAGCGGUCAGCUGGAAGCCGCCAGUUUGGGACGGUGGCAGUAACAUCACCAACUAUGUGGUGGAGAAGCGUGAACAUCCGAUGAGCAGUUGGAUCCGUGCUGGCAACACUCGCUUCUGCACGCUUGCAGUAACCGGUCUUAGCCCUGGAAAGCAAUAUGAUUUCCGGGUGUGUGCAGAGAACAUCUAUGGUCGUUCGGAUCCGAGUGAAGUGACGCCGUUGAUCACUACGAAGGGCGUGAUCAAGCGCGAGUUCAAGAAAAAAGAAUAUGAGGUGGACGCGAGCGGCAAGAAAAUACGUGGCCGCGAAGAUGAGAAGCCGCGCGACUAUGACCAGUUCGUGUUCGACGUGUAUAGUAAAUACGUGCCGCAGCCAGUUGAAAUCAAGCACACAUCAGUCUACGACAAAUAUGACAUUCUGGAGGAGAUCGGCACUGGCGCGUUUGGUGUGGUACAUCGCUGCCGCGAGAGGACCACCGGUAACAUCUUCGCUGCUAAAUUUAUCCCGGUAUCGCAUGUGAUGGAGAAGGAGCUAAUCAGAAAGGAGAUCGACAUCAUGAAUCAACUGCAUCAUCCCAAGCUGAUCAACCUGCACGACGCCUUUGAAGAUGAUGAUGAGAUGGUGCUGAUUUUCGAAUUCUUGUCCGGCGGAGAACUAUUCGAGAGGAUUACGGCCGAGGGUUAUACUAUGUCUGAGGCGGAAGUCAUUAAUUAUAUGAGGCAGAUCUGUGAGGGAGUCAAGCAUAUGCACGAGAAGAACAUUAUCCAUCUCGAUAUUAAACCCGAGAACAUCAUGUGCCAAACUCGUAACAGCACGAAUGUGAAACUGAUCGAUUUCGGUCUAGCUACUAAACUGGAUCCGAAUGAAGUAGUAAAGAUCAGUACAGGCACGGCUGAAUUUGCCGCUCCCGAGAUUGUUGAACGUGAACCUGUCGGUUUUUAUACCGAUAUGUGGGCCUGUGGUGUACUAGCUUAUGUCCUAUUGAGCGGUCUUUCACCAUUCGCCGGUGAUAACGACAUCGAGACCUUGAAAAAUGUGAAGGCAUGCGAUUGGGACUUUGACGAGGAGGCAUUCCGCGACGUUUCCGAGGAGGGUAAAGAUUUCAUCAGGCGACUACUCGUCAAAAAUAAAGAGAAGCGCAUGACUGCGCACGAGUGUCUCCUUCAUCCAUGGUUGACCGGCGAUCAUAGCAAGUGGACCAAUCCAAUCGCCAACAGUCGUUACUUAAGCAUCAGAGAUAGAUUGCGUGCCAAGUACGAAAACUGGGACAAAUAUGUUCUUCCCAUCGGUCGCCUAGCCGAGUACUCAUCGCUCAGGAAACUUUUAAUCGAGAAAUACAGAAUUUAUGAUUCUUGCUUCGAUCGUCGACAAGCAGCACCGAGAUUUGUCAUCAAACCGCAAAGUGCGUUCGCCUAUGAAGGACAGAGUGUGAAAUUCACUUGUCGCGUGAUCGCGAUUGCGGCACCAACCUUAUCUUGGUCACAUAAUAAUCAAGAGUUACGGCAAUCUGUUAAAUUUAUGAAACGAUAUCAUGGUGAUGAUUACACCUUUAUUAUCAACAGAGUUAAGUUGGAAGACAGAGGAGAGUACAUUAUACGCGCGGAAAAUCAUUAUGGUUAUCGUGAAGAAGUCGUCUUCCUUAAUGUACAACCACUGCCGAGAGAAAUUCCGAAGUACAGGCCCGAGCUGCAUCCUGUACGCAGACGAGAACCGCUUGGCUACAACGUGUGGUUGGAGACGAUCGAAUCGGCACCGAGCUUCACGUUCCUGUUACGACCACGUGUCAUACAGAUCAGACAGACUUGCAAGCUGCUCUGCUGUCUGAGUGGCAAUCCACCGCCCACCGUAAAAUGGUACAAGGACAGAGAGGAAUUGUCCAAGUACAAUUACCCCAUGAGCAAUGCCGACGGUGUCGUCACAAUGGAGAUCGUUGACUGCAAGCCGGAGGAUAGCGGCAAAUAUCGUUGUGUGGCAACUAAUAAACAUGGCAAAGACGAGACUAGUUGCGUAGUCAUCGUAGAAGGCACUGGAGAAACGGAGGAGCAAGUAAAAUUAGUGCACGACCUCCUACAUUCCGGAGAUCGAAAAUUCAUCGAGCAACCACUGAAACCGGCACCACCGCCGAUAGUAACAGUUCACAAGUAUAGUUCCACAAGCACUCAAAGCCAAUCAAGCUCUUCGUACAAUGGCAAACAUAAUUCUACGAUCUCUUCAUCUAAGGACAGCUCCAGUGUCAAAAUAAACGAAUCAUCUGAUAAACGAAGCAUAAAGAAAUACGGCUCGAAACUCGACACUACUGGCAGUCCGUCUCGAUCCAGAAGCACUACAAAAGAACUCAUCCUACCCUCAGACGAUUCGAUGAGACAGCCGCAAUUUAUUCAAAAGUUAAAGAAUCUCACGAUCAAUGAUGGCGAACAUUUGGAACUCACAGCUAAAGUCGACGGCGAUCCGGAGCCGCAAAUUACUUGGAGUAAAGACGGCAAGACGCUGAGUUCGUCAGAGAUUAUCGAUCUCAAAUACAAAAACGGGGUGGCCACUCUCACGAUCAACGAGAUAUUCCCGGAGGACGAAGGCGAAUACGCGUGUCUUGCGACUAAUAGCAUCGGCAGCGACACGACAUCCUGUAAACUGACUGUAAAACCUGUGGAGAACGCCGCCAGGAAGAAACAGGGCGACGAUAAAUCGCCGAAGAUCGUCGAUCACUUAACGAGCAAGUAUGUAAAAGAUGGUGAGGCUGUGACACUUAGCUGCCGAAUAAUCGGCGCGAAGAAGUUUGAUGUGGUGUGGCUGCAUAAUAACAAAGAGAUCAAGCCUAGCAAGGACUUUCAAUAUACUAGCGAGGCUAAUAUCUACAAACUAAUCAUCGCCGAGAUAUUCCCCGAGGACUCCGGUACUUACACGUGCGAAGCUUUCAACGACGCAGGAGAGAGCUACUCGUCGUGCACGUUAAGCGUACUCGCUUUAAACGAAGAGCCGAAAAGCCCAGCGUUCGCGACAUUCCCACAAUCUGCAACAGUGAGUGAAGGCGAGUCGGUUACUUUCACGUGCAAGACUGAUACCGCGCCUUUGAAAGUGACUUGGUUGAAAGAUGGUAAGGCGAUCCCCGAAACGAGCAGCAGAUACCACUUCAGCUCGGACGGCAGCACGUCCUUCGAAUUCGGCAUUAAAACGUGCACGGCCAGCGAUGUUGGUCAAUAUUUGGCGCGUGCGAUCGGUCAGAAAGGCGAAACGAACUCUGCGUUUGCCCUUAACGUCGUCAAUCCCGGCGAGCUGUGAAAUCAAACUUGGUACCGGGUUAUACGUCGAUUAUCAGCGCGGUCGACGACAGAAUUAGAGCUUCUCUGAUAUAUUCUUCGUGGAGAAUAUAUUUCUGAAUUAUUUCGUGAAUAUUGAAGAGUAUAUCUAUACCUUGAUGAAUCUAUUCCAAAUGUGUUCUCCAAAAAGAGUGUAUCUCAUCCGCUCUCAUACGUGUUCGACUCGUGGGUGCCGUAACGAUGCCUGACCGAUCGUUACUGUAUCUUCCACACUCUGAUCUUUUUGCUUUCGCUAAAUUUAAUCGGAACGCACGCGAUACGAUCGAAUAGUCGAGCCGGAGCGGCUCGACCACAAUAAACAUUUUUAGAGUAUGAUGAUGUCUUUAUACAGAAAGAAAGAGAGAACUAGAAGACUAAUAUUAAUCUCUCUCUGUUUCUUUCUCUUACGUUCUGUCUGUAAAUUAUUAUUUUGGAACAUUAUAUUUUUUUCUUCCUGUAUGUUUGUUAUGAUGUAUUAUCCGCGAAAAUUAUUGGGACGCGGCUCAUGACGCGCUUGUCAUGACGAGAAUCCAAAUUCAUUGUCUUCGCACACAAACAUUACGGAUAGCACGCACAACUUAUUACACUAAAAUAUUCGGCUUUGCUGUAUUAUACGACUCGGCACACACUCGAGUAUACGCAGCUAUUUAACGGGUACAUCGCGAUAGCGUCCGAAGAAAGAGAAACGGAAUAUUAUGUAGGAUAUCGAUGCCGUGGACGCGACUUUCUCGGUGAGAUUGCCAGCAUCCUCAAACAUCCGAAUAUACGUUUUUAAUAUCACCAUCUAAGAAUCUCACCAGGAAAAUCUUUCGAUGGCAUUAGAAUGAGUACGCAAAUAUUUUUACGCAAUAGUCGCGAUGUGCCCACUUAUUCCAUGUUAAUGGUACGCACCAUCGUGUUUUGUUUGAAGACUGCUUCCGUCAGAAAAUUUACGAUAAAAUGAAACAUAAUUAAAAAUGA